AUGUCCAUUUUAUCGUACAAUGGAGCCGCAAUCAUCGCCAUGGCAGGCAAAGAUUGUGUUGGUAUUGCAUGUGACACGAGACUAGGGUUGCAGGCGCAGACCGUGGCCAUGGACUUCCAGAAGGUGUUUCGUGUGACGGACAAGACGUUUCUGGGCCUCGCGGGCCUGGCCACCGACGUGCAGUCCGUCUCGCAGCUGCUCAAGUUCAAGAUCAACAUGUACAAGAUGAACGAGGAGCGGGACAUUAAGCCCAAGACUCUGAGUGCGCUGCUGUCCAAUAUGAUGUACGAGAAGAGGUUCGGCCCGUGGUUCGUUGAGCCCGUCGUUGCUGGCUUGACCGAGGACAACGAGCCUUUUCUGUCCAGUAUGGACUGUUUAGGCUGUGAGAUGAUGACGAAGGACUUUGUCGUUGCUGGAACGAUGGAGGAGGCGCUCUACGGCAUGUGCGAGUCCAUGUACAGACCUGACAUGGAAGAGGAGGAUCUCUUCGAGACACUCUCGCAGUGUCUGUUGUCGGCUUGCAACCGCGACGCGCUCUCUGGCUGGGGCGCCGUCGUGCACAUCAUUACACCCAAAGGUAUCACGUCGAAGAAGCUACUGACGCGCCAGGAUUAG